AUGCAACUUACCAACUUGUUUCUUUCCCUAGCUGCGGCCCUUUCAAUGGCCAAUGCGUACACCAUUAGCGGCAGUGAAGUCAACUGCCGUACCGGUCCUUCAACGAACGAUGGGAUUACCAAAACAUACAAAAAGGGUGACGAUGUGAAGCUUUCGUGCCAGACAUAUGGUGAAAGCAUCCAGGGGAGCACUAUUUGGGACAAGACAACUGAUGGAUGCUACGUGGCCGACUACUACGUGAAGACGGGCACCAGCGGAAUGGUCACUGGAGAGUGCGGUGGCGGCAGCUCCGGUGGUGGCAGCUCGUCCUACAAGGGCAAGAUCAGCCGGAAGGAGAUCAUCUCUCGUGGUCAAUAUUGGGUCUCGCGUCACGUUCCCUACUCCAUGAACAAGGAGUAUCCGGACCCUCAGGGCCGCAAAUACCGCACAGACUGUUCGGGCUUUGUCAGCAUGGCCCUCCAUGCAGCAGCGCCAGGCUACAACACUGUCAGUCUCCCGGACAUCGCCAAACCUAUUUCCUGGAACGACCUUCAGCCUGGUGACCUUGUCGGCACCUUAGGUCCUGGCACUGGUGGUGCAGCUGGUCACGUCACUUUGUUCCAUUCCUGGGCGGACAGUUCGAAGAAAGAGUACAACACACUGGAAUGCCGCGGCACAUAUGGUUGCGUCGCGUACAAGCGCCCUGUUGGUUGGAAGGAUGGCAGUUUCACGGCGAAGCCUUACAGAUACACCCAUGUCGUUGAUUAG